AUGACCCCCGAGUAUCGCGAUGAUGAAAAUGAGUCUACACGCAACAUAUCUUCUCUGACCGACCAAGAUACCGACCUCGAAUCGCGAGACCAUACCCUGCACAUUCGCAAUGCCUCCGAUACAACUGACAAUGGACUUCCAAUACCCAUUUGGAUGCGCGAGUCGGCCCAAUCGUUCAAAUAUAAAUGGGUUCCCCUCCCUCUGAGAAAGGCCGGACGUGCCACAGCGGAAUGGAUCAAAGGUCCCAAGCCUUCGCGCGAGUUGCGCAUCAAGCCCUUAUAUCCCCAGAUUCAGGAAGCACCUCUGCGAUUGAUGGACAGAUACCUGCCAAAGCAAAGACACCGGAUAUGCUUGUUGAUAGCUUCGUACGCCGUAUGGUUACUGAUAUGGUCUUUGAUGUUGAAGCACAAUUCAGCUUCGGCUUACAUUGAGGGAUACGGCAAGCCGUCAAAUAUAUGGUGUGGAGCAAGCUUUUGGGAUAAUGGCAACGGCUGCGGACUCAAUGGAAACCGCUGCAGACCAUUCUCAUCUGCACAUCUCGCAUUUCGCUGUCCGUCCAAUUGCAGAGCAGUCCAACUUCUGGAGCCUUAUCUUGUUGGCAACCAAUCUGUUGUAUACCAAGGUCUUGUGAUUGGCGGACCGAACUCCAACGACCCAGAUUCCAUGCCCGUCUACCGUGGUGACAGCUUUAUCUGCCAAGCAGCCAUCCAUGCUGGAGUCAUCGCUAAUGGAAAUGGUGGAUGUGGUGUCGCAACCCUUACAGGCACACAUCACAACUUCCAACCCAGUAACGCCAACGGCAUCCAAAGCAUCGGCUUCCCCGCCUCUUUCCCUCGGACUUAUACCUUCCAAACCCUUUCCAGCGCCCAAUCCUCAUGUCCCACCGACUCCCGCUGGCCUCUCUUCGCCAUCACCGCCACCUUCCUGAUCCUCCUUUGGCUCGUCACCACCUCCCCAGCCACCCUCUUCUUCAGCACGUUCUUCAUCCUAUCCUUGCACGUGGGCUUCGUCUCUGACCCGCCUAACACUUCCAACUUCCGUGAACUCCUCAGCAUACUAGCCUCUCGCCUUCUGCCUGCAUCCUUCGUAGCCUGGAUUCUGUACCGGUACUGCGCACGGCCGACCCUUACCAAUCUAACGGCCCAGAUAGAGAAAACAGUGCUCUACCUAGGGUUCUGCUUGAUCGGCGCCCUGAACAACUAUACCUUCGCCCCUUUGAUUCCAAUCCAGCGACUGACGCCUCAUGACAUAAAAGCCCAACCCGGCGCUCCCUUGGCACUAGCCGUGAUAGUCACCUCCAUUCUCGCUAUCGUCAUCACCCAGAUCCAUUACAUCCGAAUCUCGGGCCAGAUGCCGCGCUAUCUGAAAUUGUACAUCACUUUCCUCGCUGGACUGCUCAUUUUGUUAUUACUACCUGGCAUGAGGUUGAGGAUCCAUCACUACAUCCUCGCACUACUGUUCAUGCCGGGAACGGCAAUGCAGACCCGUCCCGCGCUUAUCUAUCAGGGUUUGCUACUCGGUCUGGGAGAGAACAUCAGUUUCAGCUGGGGUGGGUUGCCGAGGGAUAAGGGCGUGGAUGGCGUCAGCAUAUUGGUUGAUGAUGUAGAGAGGUGGAGGGGAUAUGUGGACGCAGAAUUGAACGAGAAGGAGGAGGGCAUUACGCUUCAGAGGGGCAGGGGAAGUGAAGGGGAGCCGGAGUUCUAUCGUUUUGCGUGGAUGAAUGGGAAUUCGGCGGGCAGGUAUGGUGGGGUGGGCAUUUGGGACCAGAAUGGCAUUUGGAUACCGCCUAGGAGUUGGGAGUUGGGGGCAAAGAGAUAA